AAAGAGAGAGAGAGAGAGAGAAAGAGGGACAGAGAGAGAGGAGCAGAGCGAGAAAAACCCGUGUCACUCCAACACUUCAGCUCUACGACGGCGGAAUUUUGGUCAUUUACGUCAAAACUACGCGAUUUUUACCACGGAACCGAGCGCUGCCAAGUGGACUGCUGACCGAGGGGCGCACGCAGACCUCAGAAAAGGUGGCGGGCCCUAGACCAGAAAAGUUACAUCUAAACCAUCUUACUGUAUGCCAUUUUGAGAACUACAACAAAAUUUGGAUUCAACAUCAGGAUUUUUAAUUGAAGACAGUCCAUCUCUUGAAGAGUUCGAGGCUGCAUUCUGCGAUAGAUCGGUGUGGGAAGUCCGUGCUGCAGCGUCCAGGCCCCAAAUGGAUCCUACUCACUGAAUCCGACUGAAAACUGUCCAGCUCCCCGUAUUCAUCUGAAGCCUUCAUCAUUCCCGCUCCACAGUCGGUCGGUGCAGCCUGUGGUUUGAUGGAGGGGUUCCCAGUUCACUGACGCCCACGACCCCCACCCAUACCCCCAUCCAAGCCCCACCCAUCAGCCAUGUCCGCCUGCAGCACCUUCACAGAGCAUGUGUGGAAACCGGGCGAAUGUAAGAACUGUUUCAAACCCAAGAGCCUGCACUGCCUGACGGGGAGCGGAGGAGGAGCGAGGCCCAUCCCAGAGCAGAGGCCUUCAGGGACGCACCACCAAGGUCUACCACCAGGGGGCGCCAGGGCAAACACCGGGCUGUCUCUCAACGCACAGAGGGCAGGCAGUGGAUCGGCCAGGACUGGGCAUUUCCGACCUCCUGUGGCCAAGAAGCCGACCAUCGCUGUGAAGCCCACCAUGAUGCUCCCCUCCUCUCCAACGUCUCCAACAUCUCCGACUUCUCCAACGUCUCCAACGUCCCCAACGUCCCCAACGUCCCCAACGUCUCCAUCAUCAGGACUCGAUUCAGACGGGAACACUGUACAGUCUCCCGUAAACUCCCAAGUCGAAACUGGAAAAACUUCUGCAUUCACUGUUUGGACCCACAACGGACUCAACCAAAAACGACCGAGCAACAAUAACAAUGAUGGCGAAGGAGGGAGCCAAGAGAUCGAGGGCUACGGACCACUUAGCCCACGAACACCAAGUGGGAACAACAAUAACAGCGGACUUACUGAUGUUUUGAAAGAAAUUGCUGGUUUGGGCCCUGGUCCGAGCUCGCCUCCUCUUUCAGGAUCUAAAGACUUGUUUUGGGGUCGAAUUAGCACCUCAUAUCGAAAAUCGCUGGAAAGAGGGCUACCUGCUGCGAGCUGUUUAGCCAUGGGAAGUAACACUAGCGGAGGAGACUGUCCGAGCGGUGGUCCAAGUUCGUCGCAAAAACGUGUUUCGUUAAGUGAUAGUGCGGAAAUUAUUAGCCGAGAGGGCGGGAGGUUUUGUUACCCAGAAUUCUCGAGUGAGGAUGAGGACGACGAAGACGACGAUGAUACCGAACGAGAAGAAGAGCAUGAAAGCUGGGAUGAGAGCGAUGAGGAGUUGUUAGCGAUGGAAAUUCGAAUGCGAGGACAGCCACGGUUUGCAAAUUUCCGAGCGGCUACGUUGUCCCCCGUGCCAUUUGCUGCGGGAAAAAAGUGGAAUACCGUCCCGCUGCGAAAUAGGUCGCUCCAAAGAAUCUGCGCAGUUGAUUACGACGAUAGCUACGAUGAAAUUUUGAAUGGUUAUCCGUCUAUGGACUCAAACGGAAGUCUCAUGCCGUACGGACAUCACAAUUUGCAAGGGAGUGGAUUCCUGUCCAAUUCUGAAACUACAACUUCCCCUGAAUCAUCUUCUUCGCAGCCUGAAGAUUCAAGGACGACCUCAAGCAGCGGUAGCAGCGCCCCCUGUCUGAUGAAAAAUGGCUUACAGUCGCCCACGUCUCCAAAUAUCCAAUGCACUUCUCCGAAAAGUCCAGUUAAAGUUACUGAAACGCACACGUCCGUUUUGGCUAUUAGGUUAGAGGAUCAAGAAGGUAAAGAAGGUUUACCAAUGCCCCAAGCUAUCCAAGGACAGCCUGUUACAAUUAGUUUUAGCCCAACAGAGGAGAAAGCUAAACCAUACCGUGUUGUUAAUCUAGAAAAAUCGCUCAUAUGCAAGCCUUACACUGUAGUUGAUGUAUCCGCGUCUAUGGCGAGCAAAGAUGAACAAGUUUGCAAUUCUACGCCUAAAUCUCCCACUGUUUCAAGCCCCACUAUUCCAACGCCACUUCCCAAAACUUUCUCCAGCCAACCACUUUCACCCACCUCUCCAUGUUUCGCCAUUUCGCCCAAAACGCCCAUUUCCAUUGCACCGAUUCCCGCCUUGCGCAAAAAACCUGGCAACAUACGCUACCAAGAAGUGUGGACAUCAAGCACGAGUCCGAGACAGAAAAUCGCAAAAGUCGAUUUCGGAAAUGGAAGCAAUUCUGGAUCUUCUGUCGCUACUCAAUAUUACAAUCAUAAAUCCGCUCCUACCUCUCCGAUCGCUGGGCUGUCGUCUUCGCGCACUGUUCCGGUCAAAUCUCCAAACUUAUCUGAAAUCAAGUUUAAUAGUUUCAACAACGCAGGGAUGCCCCCGUUCCCCAUUAUUAUUCGAGACGAACCGGCCUACGCGCGAAGCUGUAAGAACGCGGUUAAAGUCCCCAUAGUGAUCAAUCCAAGCGCGUAUGACAACUUAGCGGUAUACAAGAGCUUUUUAGGAGUGUGUGGAGAGCUACCCCCACCUAAGGGUGCAGGGAGUAGGGUGGCCAGUCACACUUACGAAGAAAUUGGGUCGUCUGAAAGUGUCCAGUCAUCAUCUACAGACAAAACGAUCUCCGGUAGAGGUACUUCAGAGCGAGCUUCAUUUGAGGACAAGAAACCACAACCAGAAUUGUCUGCGAAAGUGUCAAAUUUACAGGUUAGGUCUAAUUUAGAUUCUAGCACAGUGUCCAGUACCAGCUCUCAUUCUGGCUGCAUUCAACCUAUAUCUUUGACGAGUUCACCAGCUAGUUCGGCGAUCGCUAAGAGUAGUCCAAGUACUAGUACAUCAUCUAGAAUAACAGGAGAUUGUAAGAAAGAUGAUAUUGAUUUGACUUAUAGGUCUACAGGUAGCCACAGAGAAGAAGCAAGCGCUGUCCUUUCUCAAAUCGUCACGUCAAUUCAACCUCCGCAAACGCCUCCGGAUACGCCAACAUCGCAGGACAAAAGUAUAGAAGAGUUGUAUUCUCUACCUCCAGAUGCGAUGAAAGAGACACUUUUGAGACCCAAAUCGUUCUUCUCCUCGGCCGAUGUUGGGUUCAAGUCCAAAAAAGAUACGCCGUCGAAAGUGUUAUCAAAAUCUCAAAGCGCAUCUGCAGCGGUGUCACUCUCCAGUCCGAAAUCGGAGCAAAACCCGCCCUUUCCUCCUCCCAGGUCAACAUCGUCGCCGUACCAUGCCACCAAUAUACUGCAAAGACAUUUCGCCAACUGGACAAAGAGUUCAGGAUCUCCGUCGAGGCAGACCGAAGGCGAAGGAGACGGAAGGCGCGGUAAUUCGGAAAGCGCCAAACCGAAACGCUGGAUAUCGUUUAGGAGUUUUUUCAAGAGGCGAAAAGACGACGAAGAUCAGAAAGAAAAAGUCGAAAAAGAGAAAGGGAAGUUGGUUGGAUUAGAUGGGACGGUAAUACACAUGCUCCCAGCUCCACCUGUGCAGCAACAUCAGUGGUUUGCAGAGGCCAAACCAGAAGAUCCGAACCAGAAACCAACGAUAAUAUUCACGUAUAAACCGGAUAGUGGGCCAGGAGAGGGGGAGCUGAGGAUAGAGGAGGUGAGAGAGACAGCGCUGUUAAACCCAGAAGAAAACCUGAAAUCUGCAAGUCAAAGACGAACACCAUCUCCUUCGACCACUGGGGGAGAACCAGCUGGUCAAGUCCCCGUGCCCGCGAGCCGCUCUCGAGAUGUGGACUUCAGGGGCAUCACGCCGCUUCCCUCCAAAGUGGACCUGGGUCUGGUUCUGGGGGACGAGCUCAUAAACCAGGCCCUGAUCUCCGCCGCGCUCAGUGAGGGCAGCGCCAGCCUCGAGGAGCCCGAGGAAGAGCCGUCCAACCACUCCCACUCUCCCGCCUCCAGCCAGUGCAGCGCCACCUACAGCAACCUCGGUCAGUCCCGAGCCAACAUGAUCCCAACGAAGCAACCUCGCAACCUCAAAUCUUCCAACGACACGCUGGCAUCUAUGGACCUGGACGACGUACCUGUUCUCAAAGCCACCCCUCCACCUUUACCCAAGAAGAACGUGCCUCGCUCUUCCACCGACCCCAUCCUGAAAGACCCGCCCGCCCCCAAACCCAGAGCAGAGGCCAAACCCGGAGGCACCAACCUGAGCGUCGCCAAUCCUUUGUACGAUCUGGAUUCCACUUGGGAGACCGCGAGUCAAAGUUCUUCCCUUAGCUCUGAACCUCAUCGCCUGCAAGAUCAAGAAAGCGGGGAUUCUUUGGAAAGACCGAGCAACCACAAAAGCCGUCCCGUGAACAGCAUGUCAUGUUUGUUAGCGCAAAACUCGGCUCAGAGAGAAAGAAAGGGCUACUUGAGUACGGAGUGUCUGGCAGGACGAGGCAAAACUGGCAGUAAAAGCAGAGGUGUAGCGAGUGGAACAUCUAAGCAACAACCAACCCCCAAACCUGCGUUGUACAAAGGACUGGACAGCUGGGACGAGGUUGUGGGUAGAAUCAGGGGUCUUCACGCGGAUACGUUGAGGAAAUUGUCGGCGAAAUGUGAAGACAGGUUUAUGGCGGGGCAAAAGGACCAUCUGAGGUUUGGGACGGACAGCUGGUCGGAUUUUCGAUUGGUGACGGGGAAGCCUUGCUGUGAGGCCGGAGAUGCGGUCUACUACACGGCAUCGUACGCCAAGGAUCCAUCGACCAGCUACGCCAUCAAGAUCUGCAGGAGUAAAGUGAAGGGGACGCAGCAGCAGUUCUUCCACAGUCUGGCCGUGAGACAGAGUCUGCCCCUGCACUUCAACAUCCAACAGGACUGUGGACACUUCCUGGCUGAUGUCCCUGGACGCCUGCUGCCCUGGGAGGAAGAGGAGGAGGACGAAGAAGAGGAGGAGGAAGAGGGACAGAAAGACAAAGAAAGUGAUGAAGCUAAACCCACAGACGACAAAGACGGUGUUAAACCAGAGGAGGCCUCGAGCAGUGGCCUGAGCUGUGGGUCUUUGAGGAGCCGUGUGGUGGUGAUCACUCGAGAGGUGCCCUUCCAGACGGUGGCGGACUUUGUGCGCGAGGGCGUGUCUCGUCACACUCUGAACCCCGAGCUGUACGAGAGGCAGGUGUGUCUCCUGCUGCUGCAGCUCUGCUCUGGGCUGGAGCACAUGAAGCCCUUCCAGGUCACACACUGUGACCUGCGCCUCGAGAACCUGCUGCUGGUGCACAGCCCGCCCCCUACAGGCCAGGACCCCUCCGAGCCCAACAACAACAGCAGCAAUGGGUCCACGGCUAACCUAAGCACGGCUAAUGCUACAGCUAACCCCAACACUGCUAAUUCUACGGCUAACCAGAGCGCUGCUAAUGCUACGGCUAAUGCUACGGCUAAUGCUGUCUCCAGCUCCACCUGCCCCGCCCGCCUCAUCAUCAGUAACUUCUCUCAGGCCAAACAGAAGUCCUCUCUGAUGGUGGACCCUGGGACCCUGAGGGACCAGUCUCGUCUGGCCCCUGAGAUCAUCACAGCGACUCAGUACAGGAAGUGCGACGAGUUCCAGACGGGAAUCCUGAUCUACGAGAUGCUGCACCGGCCCAACCCGUUUGAGGAGCACCCAGAGCUGAAGGAGCGGGAGUACACGUGGGCGGACCUGCCUCCUCUGCCCGUGCGCUCACUUUACUCCCAGGGUCUGCAGAGGCUGGCCCGGCUCCUGCUCACCGUCAACCCCACCGAGAGGAUCCGUAUGUCGGACGCCCGGGCGUGUCUGCAGUGCCUGCUGUGGGGGCCCAGGGAGGACCUGUUCACCGCUCUGGGCUGCAGUACCGCGGGCAACCUGUCGGGGGCAGCACACUGCGAGGCCACUCUGCAGAACUGGCUGGACCUGAAGAGGACUUUAAUGAUGAUCAAGUUUGCGGAGCGCUCGAUGGACUGUGGGUGCGGGGUGGCGCUGGAGGACUGGCUCUGCUGUCAGUAUCUGGCCUUCGCCUCCACCGAGUCCCUGAGCCGCGUGGUGCACAUCCUCCAGCAGCCACAGGGGGGCGCUCACAACCACAGCCAGACUCCGAGCGGGCCGGGCCUGGUACACAGCAACAGCGCCCCCCACUCUCACCUCCACAUGACCCCAUCCCAGCUCUGACUGUCACCAUGGAAACAGGACUCAGCCAACCCCUGGAUCUGUGGAAUCUCCCCAAAUUCUCAUAUUAUCUAGUUUCUUAUUCUGGUUUUACACAUUUUUACAACAAUUCAUCACAUUAUUACAUCAAAGCCUUUUUAAACAGUGUAGUAUUUGUGGUGUCAGCGUCAGUCUUCAUUUUAAUAUAAAAAGGAUCAUAAAAUCUCUUCUACAUCAAUUUAUGUAACUAUAAAACAGACGAAUGAAGAGAAAGUAUUUGAUAUGAAGGCUCUCAAAAUCCAUCAUUUAUAUUUUAGCUAACAAUUUUUCACAAGUUACAACAUAAACCAAAGAUUAAAGAGGGGGUAUGAUGCAAAAUCCACUUUUUGGAGCUUUCUACCACAUUAUUCACGAUGAUUCUUCAUAAAAAUACAAAAAAUGAUACAAAACUGUUUGCAACAAUUUCACAAACCCAAUGCGAUGUGCAGUAAACAGCAAAAAGUGGAGUGUUAAAAUUAACUUUGUCCUUGUCUGUUUUUUAAAUGGACCAUGAGUCCAGAAUAAAGAUGAUGAUGAUGAUGAUGAUGAUGAUAACUCUCACAAAAUCUGUUUAAACAUUUUCUCAGGGUUUAUAUGAGUUCAAUCUGUUCUAGAGUUAAUUUAAUACUUUUGGAAAUGUUAAAUUAAGUAACACUGGACAAAAGUUAAUGUUUAACCCCGAAAUCAAGAGUUAUAUUAAUGUUUUGAGAAUGAACAUAACAUUUUGUAGGGUUUUCCUGAUUUAGCUCAACAACACACAGAGGUGUUUUAUUUUUACUCUUUAUUUUAGUUAUCAUUUGUUCCUUCGUUUUUCAAAAUAAAACCAAACAUAAGAAAAUGAAACUAAUUUCUUCAUUAUCUGUCUCCAUAACCAAAAUGAAAAAACAGAUAAUGAUUUGUUUUUUUUUUAUUUAUUUUGUGUUUAAAUUAAUAAUGGAAAAAAGGGAAAAUGGCCAUUUCCUGUUUUCGUGACUUAAACUGCGCUUGUCUAACAUUUUAAACCAUCAUGUUAACAAAAUAACACUAUAAACAAUGAUAUGUGCAUAGCAUAGAAAUCCACACGUAUUGGGAAAUCCGUGCAUAUUUGGCUGUAGUUGAGCAUAAAAUAAUUAUUUGUAAACUCUCAAAUCAGUCCAGUCGUACAUAAAAUGUGCUGUGUGCAUUUUAUCCAUCAGAAUACGAAACUGAAAAGUUACUACAUCAAGAAUUACAAUCACAAAAUGAAAAUUUAACAUUAGGCUUUCUUCAGUACAAAUAUGAAUUCACAGACGCAACUUUCCUGUCAAAUAUACGUCAUCACUUCACAGACAUUAUUUAUUGAGUUGAAGAAACAUCGAUCGAGAUGCUGGACUGUUGUGCCACAAACAGACUGAACCAGGACUAAACUAGGACUGACUCUUGGCCGUUAACCUUUUUUUUCAUCAUUCAUUUAAACAAAAAAUGGAAAACAGAAAAAACUAAUUGUUAUCCUUUUUUUUUUCAUUUUGGUUUUGGAGCUAAAUAAUGAAGAAAAUCGUUGUUUUUUUCAUUUUCUUAUUUUUGGUUUUAUUUUGAAAAACGAAUGAACAAAUGAUACACGGGAUUCAAAUUAACACUAAGGGAAGUUGAGUUAACUUCUACUAUAUCAACUCUGGCAAAUAACCCCAAAUCAAACCCCCAUUUAACUUUCAAAUUGGGAAAAUACCACUUUAUGUGUUAUAGUCAAAUCUGAAAUUUGAACCCUCCAGUUUUUGCUGUGUGGUGUGUUCUGAUAGUGCUCUGAAGGGGGAGUGACUCAGAGCAUUAUUUUGGACAAAUAUAGCAUUUUCAAAACAAUAACAGGUGACUUGGUGACCUAAAUAUGUUAUGUUCGCAGUGAAAUACCCCCUCUUUAAGAACUGUUCUAAAUAGUCUGUUACAAUUAUACAUUUUCGUUAAACAAAAUAGAGAAACAGUGGCACAUAAAUGAAUUACAGCCAAUUUCUGCACAAUAUAAAACCAUUGAGCCCUGCAUGUAUGGUUUGUGGAAGAUGUCGGCGAGUUAUGGACUGCACAAGAUGUUUUUAUGGGUAAAUUUGUUUAAGUUGGUUUUGGCGUUACCGGAUAUUUGCACAUUCGCUCGGUAAGACUGAGGAGGACUCCAUGACUUUAAGGGAACUUUGGGUUGUUUUGAUACAAAAGAUUUGUUUAAAAUUUGACAUUUUUGGACCUGUUCAUUUACGAUUCUUCUUCAAACCACUUUCCACCACUUCUUUGUAGAACAGAUUGUCCAUUUUCAGUUGUACUUUGGUUUGUGUUAAAACAUCUUGCUUUCAUAAUAUAUUCAAAUCUUAUAUGGAAAAGUAUCACUCCAACUACUGUAUUAGCAUAGACUGUAUAUAGAAAUGGACAUAGCUAACCCGCGAGCCGCCACGGUCCAAAAGGGAAGUGAUCAUGGGCGCACUUCCAACUCCAGUUCACUUUCUAUUGAAAAGAAGUCACCCCUCUCUCUGUAACUGCUGCUGUCAGGACCCUUAUUUUGAUCUUAAAAUGUUUGUAUUAACCUGCUCUACAUGAUCCUGGUGUUUUUAUUUCACUAUUUUGUUCGUAAAUCAAGAUAUCAACAUUAAUCUCAGACAAAUCAGGCGCCUUCUUUCCCCUAGGUCACUCCAGCUGGCGACCAAUGGCUCCGCGCAGACCGGUCUUGCUAUUCUGCGAUUUAACUCCAAAAACUACACAAAUCAUUAAAAUCCUACUAUCAUUCUUAACAUGGAAGUAUCAUAAAGCUUAAAUCUUUCAUUCAUGGCGAUUUUUAACCAAAUACAAACCUGCGGAAUAGAGAGAGUCUUAGGAACAGAAUGAUGAAUUAUAACUAUAAUAAUAACUAUAAUAGUUAUUAUUAUAGUUAUAAUAAUAACUAUAAGAACAAUUAUUAAAUGUGGUGACACAUAUGUGGGUGCACGUUCAAACUGUUUCCCUUCCCAACGGAAUUGAAAACUAUUGAAAGCCAAAGGCGAUGGGCAGGAUUGAUUCACAGGAAGGACUAAAAAGGAAA